AUAUUUGACGUAUUAUAACGUUACAUUUAAAAAGAUCAGGCUUGUAAACAAACAGUACGUAUUUUUACUUUUCUUCGCUUUCUCAUCUACGCACCUCAGGGACCUUACGGUCGACAAUGUGCUAGUGGGUAACCGGGGCAGACUGAGAAUUACCGGAUUCUACUACGCUACAAAGUUAGAGAACGGCUGUGAACUGGUGUCCCGUAAUGAACCGAAUUUCCUGGAGGACAGGACGAAAAGCGGACUGGAGUACACACCUCCGGAGAUACUCUGUCAGGAGGAGUACCUGGGGAAACCGGCCGACGUUUGGGGCAUGGGAGUGAUGUUCUACAUGAUGGUCUCGGGAGAGAAGCCUUUCAUUGCUCCGCAACACAGGUUCCCGCUCGUCAGGGUUGACCUCUACGCCAAAGAGCUCAGUGAAAGACGGCCGAAAUUUAACUGCAUGAUAUCAAAAGAGGCAAAGAGGCUCGCCGGCGAGUUACUGGAGUUAGAUCCAGCUAAACGACCAACUCUAAGGCAGGUCGGUUGCGGUGUGUUCAGUUGGACAUACUUUGUUUUGGAUCCGAACCAAGUUGUAUAUAUUGCGCUGGCUCACAAGCGUAAGUACGAGAAGCUGAGGAGAGCCGGGAAGGGCGAGACCGUGGCGGGUGACCAGGGCGAGACCGACCCAGAGCCACUGUUCAUACACAGAACCUACGACUUCAUGGAGGAGACACCCGCCCCACUGCGAUCAACUCCUGAACUUGUCCACAGGAAGUACAGUGACAAAUGUGAGGCGCUAAUAAUAAAUCACAGAACGAAACCCCGAGAUGCCGAAGCUAACGUAAACACAUCGACUAGAAAGGUUCAAGACGACGCUAGCCAUGCCGAUAGCGAUCGGUCAGGAAAUGUGGAUGCUGACUUGAGUACCCGUAAGCGUCGUGGUAGAGACGCUAGCCAUGCCGAUCGGUCAGGAAAUGUGGAUACUGACUUGAGUGCCCGUAAGCGUCGCGGCAGAGACGCUAGCCAUGCCGAGAGCGAUCGGUCAGGAAAUGUGGAUGCUGACUUGAGUGCCCGUAAGCGUCGCGGCAGAGACGCUAGCCAUGCCGAGAGCGAUCGGUCAGGAAAUGUGGAUGCUGACUUGAGUGCCCGUAAGCGUCGCGGUAGAGACGCUAGCCAUGCCGAUCGGUCAGGAAAUGUGGAUGCUGACUUGAGUGCCCGUAAGCGUCGCGGCAGAGACGCUAGCCAUACCGAUCAGUCAGGAAACGUGGAUGCUGACUUGAGUGACCGUAAGCGUCGCGACAGAGACGCUAGCCAUGCCGAUCGGUCAGGAAAUGUGGAUGCUGGCUUGAGUGUCCGUAAGCGUCGCGGCAGAGACGCUAGCCAUGGCGAUCAGUCAGGAAACGUGGAUGCUGACUUGAGUGACCGUAAGCGUCGCGACAGAGACGCUAGCCAUGCCGAUCGGUCAGGAAAUUUGGAUGCUGACUUGAGUGCCCGUAAGCGUCGCGGCAGAAGAUUCAUUCCUAUGACGCAAAAAGAUGUCGAGAACCUCAUGGAAAGAAAUACUUUUGCACCAAAACCACCAUCCGAGAGAAAGUGUGUGGAAGCUGAUGAGGUAGCGCCCCCGUCAGAUCAUCAUCCUUCCUCACAGAUGACCAAGACACAGAAAGAUGUUGGAGACCUAGGUGCAGGUUUCGUGCCAAAACCGCCGCCUGGGAAGAAGUCCGCCGGUGUGGCGGCACCACCGCCAGGUCAGCGCCCGUCUUCACGAGCACACAUCAGGAAGAGGGAACGGAUGGAAUCCGUGUCAAAACGUGAAAAGGAAGGAGAGCUGACUGCCAACAAAACCUCGUGUUUCAGAGCACGGGUGCCCUCACCGGGCCUUACCCCGCCGCCGGAGUGCCUUGAUCAAGUGGAGCCAGAAGAGGACGUCGAGCCUUCAUACCUGGAAGGUAGCGGACUCAGCGUGAAGCUGCUCUCAAACGGAAGAAAACGUAUCCCGAUGACAAAGAAAGAUGUUGGAGGUAUAGGUCCCGUCCCCAAACCGCCGCAUGGGAAGAAGUCCGCCGGUGUGGCGGCACCACAGUCCGGUCAGCUCCAGUCUUCACGAGCACAGAUCAGGAAGAGAGAGAGUAGAGUUCCACAGGAAUCAGUGUCAAAAAGUGAAGAAGAUGGAAAGUUGACAGCCAAAACAGUCUGGCGCUUCAAAGCGCGGUCUCCCUCACCGUGUCUUACCCCACCGCCGGAGUGCCUUGAUCUAGACCCAAAAGAGGACGAAAGGAAAACUGCUCCGAUGACACAAAAAAGUAUCGAUAGCCUGAUCGAUGCUACGACGUUUACUCCCAAGCCGCCGCCCAGGAAGAAGAGCACGGCGGCUGGUAUGGUGGCGCGUCCGUCCGGCCAGCACCAGUCCUCACGAGCUUCACGAGUACAGAUCACGCUCAAACACAGACGGGUAAUCUCCCCUGUUGGACGCACGGAGACUGUGAAGUUCAAGGACGGCUUUCGAUUGGCACACGUUGCAGCAUUCAGGUGGCGCUCUGAAACACUCUCCCCGUGCCUUACCCCGCCACCAGAGUGCCUGGUGCAAGAGGAGCCAGCAGUUGGCGUUCUAGGCGAUAAUGGACCCGGCUUGAAGCGGUCCACACCGAUGAGAAGUCAGCGGCACCCCGAUGUUGGCCCUCGGGAGGAGGAGAGAGGUGACGGUGAGGAUGGGUCGGAGCGCAGAUCUAACAUCCGCGGCACCAAGUCAAGAAGUGACCGGGACAUGAAGCGAACGUCGAGAAAGAGCGAAGGGGACGUCCGGAGUGCCAUGAAGAGAACGGAAGCCAACGUGGGGCAGAGAAAGGACGAAAGCAGCACCAGAAAGCGCGGGAAAUCAAGGUCACAGAAACACAACCAGGACGGAGCUGAGGCUGACGUAGCUGGAGGACACGCCCUUCGGAAGACAAGUGGACGAGUGUUGCUCCCACCUGUCGAUGCAAAGCAGAAGAAGAGGUUGGACGGCAGAGCGCGUCUACCUCCGAUCAACAGGAGAUCCUGAGGGACACACAGAGAGAUAGGGCAAGACAAAAUUGAUAGCAUAUAGAGAUAUGCAAAAUGAGUUUUUAUCAUUUGUAAUUGUUAUGUGUACCAGUUACUGAAAAAGUCACGAAAAUUGAAAGAAUAACGGCAAAGAAUGUAGGACGAGUCUUUGACUAAAACGCUUCAGGUGAUGAUGCUGAGUAACUUUCAACACUUUGUAAGAUUCUACAUUGUGUACAGCUAAAGGCGAGAAGAAACGUUAAAACUGUGGAAAAAAGCGAAAC